UGUCUAUCUUGCACCGCAAACGCAAUCCUGUCUGCGAUCCAGAUUGGAGUUUCUCACGGGGAGAGUGAGGAAUGAUGACGAGGUAAUGGCCGUGCUGGGAAUUCGAAUUCUUCAGUGCUCCCCAAUUUUGUCCAAGCCCCUUCUGCGUCAGAUUUCUUCCUUCAGCUCUUGUCACUCAGGAGACACGUUGUGUGAGCCUAUAAUCUCGUGACCUCAUGCCGGCCCCUCGCGCCGCCCGCUGAAUCUGUUUAGGGUUGAAACCUUCAUGAUAGUUAAUCUCUGCACUUAGAUUGCAGUCAAUAUAAAGAUGGAGUCGUUUGGGAUUGACCUCGGGCCGCCUUCUUUCUCGGGAAACGAGGCCCCGAAAUCAGAUGGGCAGUCUCCAGAGAGAGAUGUCGCUCCAAUUUUGUCGUCCGAGCCUCAUUUCGAGCGGUCUAGAUCCAUGGCAGCAGGACACCAUGGCUUCAAAGGCGCGACGGUCAUGAGCGGCGUGUUUAAUCUGUCAACGUCCGUUAUCGGAGCGGGAAUUAUGGGGCUUCCAGCUACAAUGAAAGUCCUUGGCCUACCGUUUGGAGUUAUACUGCUAGUUGCCAUGGGGAUCUUAACCGAGAUUUCUAUCGAGCUGCUGAUUCGAACGACGACAGUUCAGCACGUUUGGUCUUACAGUGAUUUAGUGCAUCAGGUUCACGGCAACAAGUGGCGACUUGCGCUUGACAUCUCCAUUGUCAUCAAUAAUUUCGGCAUUUGCAUCGUCUACCUUAUCAUUUGCGCCGAUGUGCUGUCUGGUACGACGGCGGGGGGGCAGUACCACGAGGGAAUGUUCAUGACGUGGAAUGGAGGUCAAUCUGCUUGGUGGACAGGGAGACACUUCAUACUCUUUUUAAUCAUCAUCGUUUUCUUGCUCCCGCUUCUAUCCUUCAGACACGUUGACAACUUGCAGUACACUUCCUUUCUCGCCGUGCUUCUAGCGGUCGUAUUCGUCAUAAUCACGAUCGUUAUUGCGGCUAUCAACAUCAACAAUGGCACGCUACCUGUACCCAGCUUCCUGCCAGACUUCAGCUCCGCUAAGUCAAUCAUGGCCAUGCUUGGCGUCAUUCCGAUCAUGGCAACCGCUUAUGUCUGUCACUUUAACGUUCACCCUAUUUAUGUGGAGCUGCAAGAGCGUAACGAGAAGACGAUGCUCAAGAUCUCGCGCUACACCAUAUCUCUCUGCACCAUUGUCUACCUCCUCACAUCGAUCUCGGGUUAUCUUCUCUUUGGAGCCAGCACUGCCAACGAUGUGCUUGUUAAUUUCGACCGAGACCUGGGGAUUGAGAACAGCCAAGCUGUGAAUGACAUUGUGCGGAUGACUUAUAUUAUCCACCUGAUCUUUGUCUUCCCUGUCAUCUUCUACUCACUGAGGAACAUCACGGACGAUCUUCUUUUCCCCGGUGCUGUCACGCCUCUGGUGGACGAUACCAAGCGGUUUUGGUUGUCCACAGCAGUGGAGCUGGUGCUGAUUUACCUUGGCUCCACCGUCAUACCCAAUAUGACACUGGCGUUUGACAUCACGGGCGCGACAACCACCAUGAUCGUCGGCAUGCUCAUACCAGCAAUGCUUGCUCUCAGCGACAAGUCUGGUGUCAUUGUUGAGUGGGAGCGCAAGCUUGCUUGGUUCAUGAUUGGCUUUGCCAUCCUCGUCAGCAUCACAGGGCUUGCUAGCAGCAUCUACUACAUUGUAGUCCAUUUUUGAAGGGGGUUGAAGUAACAGGAACAGCCUCUUUUUAGUGUUUGUUUUUCUAAUUGGGUUCAUGAGGCAGCUACUGCUGGGGCUAAGUAGGUAUCUAAUUCUUAGGCAUGUUUAGAAGAUUCAGGUGUGCGCCGCUGCUACAUCAACAUACCGCUAUAUAGGUGACACUCUAGAAGUCAGGUCAAAAUUAAGUCCAUCCAGGUCC